ACUUGCGACGCUUUUCUAGUGUUGCUUUCUGGUUCUGUUUUCUCAUAAUGUAGUGAUUUUAGGGUUGGGGUGUUCGCCUUGUCUCAGGGAUUGCCUGACCCCUCUGCUUUUAGUCUCAGGAUGGAGAAUACCCCUUUAACCAGUGAAGUCUGACAGAGGCUCCCCAGAACCUGAUAUCAUGGGGGCAAUGCCUCACCUGCCCCUUAGGCCCUGUCAGCCUAUCUUCACACAUGUAAAUUGGUUUUGAGCCAAAAUCUGCAUCCCAUUCACUCCAAUGGGAAUCCACGUCCCUGUUCACACAGCCGCAGAAAGGGAGGCAGCGAGGCCCGGGACGUACAUGACAUCUUCUCCAAUCGUACGAACACUAAAGUGUCAGAGGCGAUCGGAAAUCCUAAAAGAUUAGUAAGGGUUCGCGCGGUGUCCGGAGUCCUGCUCUCUCUGCGUCUCUUCCGGGGUCUUCCCAGUGAUGGCCGCUCGCCUCUUCCUAUCUCAUUGUCUGUAGAACACAAUCCAUGGAGAAAUCUUACGUGUGGAUGGAGGAUUCCCUCAGGAGAACGUCUGAGCUGGGGCGGCAGGUGCUGGAGCGAGCGCAACGCAGGGACAUGGACUGGUGGUCUGCACGUGGACAGGACCCUCAGAGUCCAGAGAUCCCAGAGGAGGAACGGCUCCAGAGCUUAGAAGACUCCUUCAGCACGUUGUCACGCUUCAUGCACCACACAACGGAGCGGUGUGAGAGGUAUCACAGCUGUAUCCCUGCGCAGGCGAUGAACCGGAGUGAAAUCCAGCACAUCUCCAGAUUUCACCGUACCAUGCCGCUGAAGCCGCAGACAGGUUUGACCUCGGCCGCUGCCCCCCCUCAGUCCUCUGGGAGAAACAGAGACCCUCGAGACGUUUACAUUGAAGUUGCUCCUGGAACGUACAGGAUCUCUGCCCGGUCCUCCAACUUCCAGAGUCAGACCCACCUGGUGAACAUCACCCCCGGGCAGAGCGUGGACCUCACCUUCAAUGUGUAGUCUACAUCCCAGGGGGAAGGGGGUCAGUACAAGUGGAGCGCCCCUUUAAUACUACCUAUCACUGAACUGUAGAGGAAGACUGGAGUGCUCCUUUAAAACUACCUAUUACUGAUCUGUGUAAGAAGACUGGAGUGCCCUUUUAAUACUACCUAUCAUUGAUCUGUAUAAGAAGACUGCCCCCCCCCCCCGUCCCUUUUUAUACAGUCUGUCGUUGGAGUUCCCCUUUAAUACUGUAUGCUGUUCGUGAAGAUUUGUAUUCUGUGUGGCAGGCAGUCAUGACUCGGCUCUACGGGGACAGACGCCUCUGUUUUCUGGAAACUCCACGGUGGAUUUUUUUUUUUCAGGUUGGAUGUAAAAAAUCUGAAAAAUCCCUGAAAAAGCAGUCGGCUUCUAAUAUCUCAGGCGCUGAUUGUUGCAUGUCCUGCAGGGAUUUAAGAAAUACAUUUAUGUCAGGAGCAAAAUACAAAACUCUAUAAAUUUCUAGUGAUUGUGCAGCGUUGUGUUUUGCCCCUGUGUAAGCGCUGUAAUACCGCCGGCAGACUGCAGAGGGCAGGAGAAGGGCCUUCUCUGCGGAGAAGGUAUUUGUUGUCAUUUUACAGGAAUAGAAAACCGUACCUGCGUUCUUCCAAAAAUAGUGCCACACCUGUCCCAAUACUGUAUGAGGUAUUGCAGCUCAGCCUCAUGGUGUUCAAUGGAGCCGAGUUGCAGCACGAGGACAGAUGUGGUGCUAGUUUGUCUCCCCUUCCCAGUGUAGAGACCACCCAGCGACUACUGAGCAGCGUUGUGCUCCAUGACCUGAACUUCCGCAUCUUGCAUAAA